UGAAGCCUGGCAGCAUGCCGCACCAAGCGCUGCCAACACCACAGGCCUUGUAGUCCUUUUCCUCUUAUGAUCAUAUGUCUGGCCAGCAUCCCGGUGUAGCCUUUCCCCAUAGAGUGCAGGACUGAAGGCAGCAAGAUGGGGCGGGGACAGAGAUAAACUCGGUGGGAGCAGAGCUCUUGGAUCGCGUUGCUCAGUAGGUUUCUCAGGAGGGUUCUGACGGACCCGACCGCUCGUUGCCCUUGCGCAUGAAACAGAAAAUAGCCGAAACGAACUUAAGCUCCUGGGCCGAGAGAGUGAAACUUGUGUGCGAAGGGGGAACGCGUGUCGGCUUCAUUCCCUGUUGGUUUAUCGCUUGGCGGCUGCAUAUACUCUAAUCCUGUAGUACUGUUCAAAACGAUGGCUCACUUUCUUUGAGCCAUUCGCUUUCGCCAUGAGUAUUUGUUCCGCUUUCUCUGUCGCUUUUCGCUUCCUUCCUCCACGCCCAUGGAUGCGAAAACGGUGCGCUUUUGCUUAGCGUGAGCAGUUUCCAGCGCCGCUCUCUGCUCCAACGCCGUGCCGUCGCUCACAUCUGUAUCAGGGGUUCAUGCUCAUUGCUCCUUUCAUAGGCCCUCACUUCAGAAGAGCCCGCUCCGUGCUCGGGGUAGAUGUAAUUCACUCUCUGAGUUCCUUUCAACAGUUUCAGGAACCCUUUCGAGGAAUCCUACGCAGGCCUUGAGACGCAUGUCACAUUUAUAUUUAUCCGAUUCAAGGAAGCGUCGCUUCCGAAGCGGGAACUUUCUCACAAAUCAUGAAGAGUUGAUUGCGACGGUUAUAUCGGCGAUGCUUACCGCUGACAGUUCUUUUAUGCUAGAAGCAAAGAUCGUUAGCGGUCUUAAGUGAACACCUACACCCACUCAGUGAGUUGUUAAUGUUAAACUAGACCGUCUACACAAUUCUGUGAUGAUGUUAAUGGCAAUCUCGUUCAGAUUCAUUACGAUAAAGUUGUAGACGAUUCCAUUGCCAUUUGCUGCGUUCGAGGGAACUCAUAAUCUAGAAGUCGUCUCCAGUUCAAUAUUUGCUACUCAAAAACAUUUAAUCUGCUUUAUCAAGGAGGCGGAGGAGCAACAGUUUGUAUGAUGCCACUCAUUGAUAACGAAGAUACGGGAAUGUCGUUCCUAAGUUCGAAUGGCAAAGGGGGAACGACAUUCCCAAACCGACCCUGUCAAUGAGUGGACGCAUUCACAGGCGCAGGAGCGCAACAUCAAAGUUCACUUGGAGCAGGAGGUGGAGGCACUGGUGGUGGAAGUUCGCCUAGUUCUGCGAAUAAGACUAUGAAUCACCUCAGUCACGAUCUUUUAUCUGCUGGACCUGGACCUGAAGAUAGAAAUAUUAACGCUGGUACUAGCAGUAAUUUUGAUUAUGAUUUUUGUGGGCAACAAGAACAACAGCAGGAUCUUCAUCAACCUUUAUGCCACGACGACCACGAGAAGCAUCAGCGACCACCAGAACUACGCAAUACGAGGUGGAGUUGCGAAAGUUUGCAAGAUCAUUUCCGUCGUGCCGUUUCAGGUCAAGACAGCUCUUCAGCAGUCUUAUCAUCGCCAAAUGGUGCCUUCGCAUCUGGAGGACAGCUUCUCUGGGCGCCUAGACCAGGUGCAUUACUAGGAGGUGGUGGAGCCUCCAGUGCCUCUUUAGGUCACACUUGA